AAAAAAUAUAUUUCAUUCAUACCUUAAUUGCGAACGGACUUCAUCGUCAUCACUUCUUUCAAACCGGUUUCUUCAAAUUGUGUAAAUCUUUGUGUUCUUACUGACUAGUCAAAUACGAUCAAUCGUACGACCACUCAUACAGCAGAAAAAUUACGUAGAAACCAAAUUUCUCUCUAAUAAAACUUCUACAACUGUAAGGAUGUUCAGAAUCAUUGUAACCCGCAACUUACAUCGUCCCAUUUAUAGUCGUCCAGUUUGUUCAAAAUUUCUAAUUUCGAAGCCUCCUGGUGAAUUAAGAAACACUUCUUCUAUUGGUACUACCACUGGUCCUAGCAAUAAAUCGCCAUCUGAUAAACUAGAAGAUACUUCUUCUAUUGGUACUACCACUGAUCCUAGCAAUAAAUCACCAUCUGGUGGUACGUAUAUGACCUUUUAUUUUGUCAUCUGUUGUGUUUUUAUAACGUUCAUCGUUUUACUUGUCUAUUUAGAGUCCAGAAGAUAUAUUUCUUCUGGAUCUUCUCUUAUCGAUGAAAGGGUUUUAGAGUCCCUUAAAUGGGACUUUUACUUUGAAAGAAUUAAUCUUGCAUGAUAUCGAUAAACGUCGAACUGAGUAUAUUGAAAAUAUGUUCACCAAGUUCCAGAACAAAAUACUUUUCGCUUUUAUUGGUGCCACUAUGUCAAUAAUUUUUACCGUAAUUGGUUCUAGCAAAUGGUAUGUUGAUCGAGCUAGUGAAAAGAUCGAUGAUGUCAAAUCGAUCUUGAAUCUUAACGAGACUGGUAAAGAGAUCAUCGAUGACAUCAGAAUACUCUUGGAUAAAAAUGAGAACAAGACUGAUAAAAACGAGAACGAGACUGAUAAAAAGAAAAAGAAGUAAUCUCUUUUUAUAUCAAUUGCUUAGCUUAUACGAAUACUCUUGGAUAAGAAUGAGAAAAAGACUGACAAAAACGAGAAUGAGACUGAUAAAAAGAAAAAGA